CCUCCCCUCUCCCUUUCUCCUCAACUCAAAUUCACUCCUGAAUCAAAAUCAAGGUUUUCCGACUUCAAUCUCAACUCCUGCAAACCGUGCACUCCGUCCUAAAUCCGAUCAAGUCAGAGGAGGAAUGGCAUCGCCACUGCAGAGCCUGCACAAUCAGGAUUCUGUAUCGUACCUAACGCAGCGUGAAGCGGCGGAGAUAGCUGAGACUCUCAUGGGCCCUCUCGGCUUCAGCGUCGAUCAGUUGAUGGAGCUUGCCGGUUUGAGCGUCGCCGUAUCAAUAGCAGAGGUAAUUUUCUAUUUCUGUUGCAUUGAGCUUCCCGGAAACGUUUUAUUACGCUCUCGAAACAUCCUAAUUUCCUCGUUCUAAGUUUAUAGAAUUUUGCUCUCUUACGAUUGCUAAUCAGUAGUCACUAUGUCUACAGUCUAUCAUGCAAUAGCUAGAUUUGUUGCUCAAAUGAAUGCUUUAGGUUGUU